AUGUGGGCUCCUACGCUGCUGGUGGUGCUGGCGGGCGUGCUGGGCUUGGUGCGCCCGGCUCUCGCCUUUGACAUCACGUUUCCCGGGCCAACCAACUACUGGGUGGCGUGCGGAUGGAACCAGAUGGCGUGGAAGAGCUACGAGACGGAUGCGCGCACGGUGACCAUCAUGCUGACCAACACGAACAAGACGCUGCUCAACGACGACUACGAGAUCGGCAAUGCGCUCCAGGGUGCGCAGAACUCGGCCAUGGUGUACGUGCCUUGCGUUGCACCCGCCAGUGGCUAUGCGCUCCUCUUUGUCAACCCAGACAAGUACAAUCAUCAGCACAAGGUGCUGUACACGUCGGCGCAGUUUGUGGUCAAGCCCAAGGGAUCGGCUCCUGAUCCGGCGUCGGGCCAACAGAGCAUUCCGAGUCACAUUCAGCCGUACCUCGAGACGCCGGGCAUCGUGCUGCCUGCCAACAAGGCGGGCGACGUGACCAACGCCACUUCUACGGGCAACAGCGCCGAGAGCGAGCUGCCCAAGCUAGGCGGCGAAUCCAGCCCAUUCAAAAGCUUCCAGCCCGAGGCUCACGACAAUGCCGCCGCUCCACGCGAGGCUCAAGAGGGCUUGGCUUGGGCGCUCGGCGCCAUCACCGUGGCAGUCAUCCUCGCCGUCGUGUGA